UUCCGCCCACUGCUGUAUCUCCCGCCAGCCAGACAGCAGGACACGACUAGGGAAGCUGUUCCUUCUAUAGAUGGGUUCUCUGGACAUGAGUAUAGGCCAUUCGGUGCGUUUACCCAUCCUUUGUAGAUUCCUCGAGUUGACGACAUAUGAACCCUAAACCAGUAGUUUCGCGGCCUGGUGUGGCGAACCACUCCAGUCAUCUCUCAUUCGCGUCACGUUUGAACACGAGACACUCCGAGGGGGAGCUCUUGCUAGACGGGAAGGAUUCUACAAAAAGAGCUCACCAGCUUUCUUCACUCUCGAAAAGUCACGGUCAACGGGGCGGGAUUCGGAGGCAAGCGGGUGGUGAAGGCUGGCACACUGCUGCCCCCAACAGGACUGCCGCACGGACUGGCCUCUCGACUUUCAAUGAAGAGAUACCCGAUUACAUCGACAGUGGCGGGCUCUGCCUUUUGCUUUCUUUUGCGGGUUGCGACACGUUUGUCGAACGAACUCCGCCCCAGCACAACACAUGGGAAUUAAGUGCUCCUCUCAGACCCUUGCUCGAAAUCUUGAGAAGAUCGGAUUCCGUGUGGAAUCAGCGGUGUCCAUUUCGGACUCACUUUUGGCUCAUCUUCGUCCAUUAUUCCACCUCAAUUGCCAUUCUCUCAGCCCCACGGCAACACGGUUCUCGAUUCUCGCCCCAUUUCAGCCUCUUCAUUGUCCCUGGUGGACCCUUUUCCCAUCCGGAAAAAAGUUCUCUUGCCUUUGCAUCCUCACCUCCUUUGUUAUGGCCGCCACGUCAACGCCUUCUGGGGCGAAGGCAGACGAUAUGGGCCUCCGGCCGACCUCGUUCUUGGUGCUCGAUUUCGAGCAACUUGUUGCAUUGUCACCUCAACCGGACAUUGUCCUCGAGAGUCGUUCAAGGCUUGCAAGCUCCACGACAUGGUUCUCCUGGGACAUUUUACGUGGACACUUGAGCUCGGCAUUCCUCCACCGUCACCGACCACACUCGUCUUCGCGAUUUCACAUUCUAAAUCUUCAUUACCGGCCUCUCUCGCGCGGCCGCGAAGGAUAG